UUCUCCAACCUAGUCCUACACCAAUUCAUCUCUCUUAUCUUCUCACCUCUUCUUCUCCAUUCCUUUCACAAGCCAAAGCAGGUAAACAAAAAAGUAGAGCGAAUAUGCAAAUGGCGCUUCAGGCUCCCACGCUACCCUCUAAACCAGCCACUUCUCCACUCACUGUUCCACCCAAUGCCGGCCUCCGGCAACCCUCCCAUCGUUUUGCUCUGAAAUCGCCUUUCUUUUCUCCAUCGCUCCAUCUCUUGCUCCCUUCUCGUCUUCCCGCUGCUUCAACUGCACCGAAGUUUUCCAUGCGUGUGGCCUCCAAGCAAGCCUAUAUUUGCCGUGACUGCGGGUAUAUAUAUAACGAGAGGACGCCCUUUGAGAAAGUUCCCGACAGUUAUUUUUGUCCUGUCUGUGGUGCUCCAAAGAGGAGAUUCAAGCCAUACCAGCCAGCUGUGGCGAAAAACGCUAACGAUAAAGAUGUUAGAAAGGCUCGAAAAGCAGAAAUGAAAAGAGAUAAAGCUGUUGGGAAGGCACUGCCUAUUGCGAUUGUGAUUGGAAUUGCUGCACUUGCCGGUCUAUACUUUUAUCUCAACAAUACCUUUGUCGGCUGAAUGAAAUCAUGCGAGGGGAAUUCUGUCAAUUUGCAGGAACAUAUAUUGUGAUUUUUGUUAUAUUUUCAAUUCAAUUCAAUCCACUUUUGUUAUACUUUCUUGGAUCUCGAGAGAUGAAACUUGGAACUGCAAUUGUUGACAUUAUUUUGAAUGAAAACAUAUAGUUCGUAUAAAAAGCACAACAAUGGAUACCGUGCAAAGUAAUCAACUGUUGUUUAUGAGUUAUUUAAACUCAAGAUUUAGAAAGAAUAAUAUUCUUCUUAAUCACCGUUAAAGUCA